AUGCCUGGAUCAUCGAAAGCACCUACAACCUACAGUGGUCUCGGGACUUGGCGAGCCUGCGAAAUUCUGUCCCUCGAGGCUUCACAUUUCGGACAUGACAGGGAGCACACCGGCACUAGCUCUGGAUAUUUGAAAGAGAAAUGCCAUUGGUUUUGGAGUCCAUCAUGUACGCUGAAAAGGCGUUGCUCGCUUCUCAUCCAGAUCUUACCGCCGCAACUGUAUGGAUUCACUACCACUCCCACUCGCCCAGCUUUGACAGAGCAGAUUGCUGGGGUCCUCUGCACAGCAGUCUAUCGCGUUCCAGGGAUGACGCGACUCUACUAG